AUGGAGGUGGCCAACAAUGUCACUGAGUUUAUAUUCCUAGGGCUUUCCCAAGAUCCAGGAAUGCAGCUGAUGUUCUUUGCCCUCUUCCUCCUCUUCUACAUGGUGAUCAUGGCGGGUAAUCUGCUCAUUUUGCUUACGGUCCUUUCUGAUCGCCGGCUCCACACACCCAUGUAUUUCUUCCUCAGCAACCUGUCCUUUGUGGACAUUGCUUAUUCCUCAGCCACGGCACCCAAGAUGAUCGCAGAUUUUAUUUCCGAGAAAAAGACUAUUUCCUACUGGGGCUGUGUCACCCAGAUGUUUACCUUCCACUUCUUUGGCUGUGCUGAGAUUUUUGUUUUGACCGUCAUGGCUUUUGACAGGUAUGCCGCCAUCUGCCAGCCUCUCCGGUACACCACCAUCAUGAGUGCCAAUACCUGCAUUGUACUGGCGUCGCUGUCCUGGUUAGGAGCCCUGGCUCAUUCCUUUGUCCAGACCCUCCUGACCUUUCAGCUGCCCUUCUGCAACGCUCAGGUCAUUGACCACUACUUUUGCGAUGUUCACCCGGUUCUUAAACUUGCCUGUGCUGAUACCACCCUGGUGAAUAUGUUGGUGAUUGCCAAUAGCGGUCUCAUUUCCCUGGGGUGUUUUCUCAUUCUUAUGACUUCCUACACGGUCAUUCUGUUCAGUCUCCGCAAGCGGUCUGCAGAGAGCCGGCGCAAGGCUCUCUCCACCUGUGGGUCUCAUUUCACUGUAGUAACGUUAUUCUUUGUCCCCUGCAUCUUUAUUUAUCUCCGUCCCUCUACUACUUUUCCGCUGGAUAAGGCUGUGUCUGUGUUCUACACAACCAUUACCCCGAUGCUAAACCCACUCAUCUACACUUUGAGGAAUGAAGAUGUAAAGAAUGCCAUGAAACGAUUAUGGAAUCACAAGGUUCUGAAGGGAAAGCAGAAGGGGUAG